AAAAAAAAAAAGGUUAAAAAACAAAAGAAAGGCAUUGGAGGAUGACGCGGCCAAAUGUGCCAAACUGACAAAUAUUUUUUCAAGAAGACAAACGAGCACACGUGACCUGGCGACUCAAGCAGCACUGAUGGAGGGAAGAGGAGGAGUCAUUGAACCACAUCCUGCUUUACCCCAACCUCUCACCUCAUCCCACUGUUGGCAUGGUGAUCAAACUGUCAUUUCCUCGUGUCAUUUGAAAGCUUCAUCUAGGGGAGAGAAGUAUCCCAGAAGGCACCACAGCACAAGCGAAGAAAUCACGGUGCAUCAGGAAGAGACGGCGUGAUGAGUUCUGAACAUCAGAAGUCACAAUGGAGAUGACUCUAUUGUCCAUCACAGUGUGGUUCACUCAGUUCCUCAUCGUCUCAGCUCUUUAUUUCAACACACUGCCAACAAACACCAUGAGUGACUACAAUGAAACCACACAAAUAACUUUAGCAACAACAAAAACAAACCAAGAACCAAAGAUCCUUAUAGAUGCAACAUCUUCAUCACCUCUGACCGCAUCAACAACGCAGGACAGCAUAACAAAUUUGCCCAGUGAAGUGCAUACACAACCAAAUAUAACCCCAGAUGAGACACCCACACAGGAAACAGCAUCCCUGCAUCAACUGAACAGCAGUACUCCAACUCAAAAUGUCAUGAUGGAUGAUGGUGAGAGCGUAAGCAAUGCCAGUAAUGUGGCUAUAAGCGAUGCAAAUACAAGCCAUACAACAGUUUCCUCUAACUUUGCAAGAGUGACACCACAAAAGGAUGACAGUAAUGAAACAGGAACAACGUCAAGUGUGAGUUACAACUCUGACGGGAACACCGUUCACACUGCAGACACUUUAUCAGACCCAGUCGACAGUGUCUCAACAGUUCCUUGGAGAAAUUCCACAGAGAAUGAGGACGAGAGAACGAAAGCCAAUGAAGGAAAUUAUGAAACAAACUCCACCCAGGCCACAUUUGCUAAUAUGAACGAGGAGUCGAGAGGAACACGAGGCACUGAGGGAAGUUACACGAUCUCAAGUGAACACAGAGAGGAACAUUAUGACACAUCAGCGAAUGCAAUCGAUGUCAGUGAUACAACAGCAACAGUGAGUAACGAAUGGUCAACUUCACAAAACACAGAUAUUCACAUGACCACACCAGCUUACACAACAGAACAAGACCUCACGGUUACAAAUGCACCUGAAUAUCACACCUCAACAGAUGGAGCAAAUCACUCUACGACACAGGAGAAUAUAUACAGGUUCACAAACUCCACAGCAACCACAGGAAGAGAAAACAGGACAGGAACAGACACACCCGGUGGUACCACCACCAAUAUCAGCAUCUCUAUCAUAACCGACAACAGCCUAAAUGCCACAAACAAAACUGACACUGAAAACAAAGUGUGGCCUUCAUGUUUGGACACAAACCCAGAACCUUCUCGGCGUUCCACGCUGGUCUGUUUCCUCACAUUGUGGACUUUAGCAAUGACCGCCACCAUAUUUCUAGGAAUAACCAUUUUCCUUUGGGUGCGUCUGUCGGUCUCCAAAAAAAAGAUGAAGCGGAGAGUAAAAGGAGGUCGGACGUGUGAGAAGGAGAGCCUCUGGGCUAACCCCAAAGCUUCGGUGCAGGACAGAGUGGAGUUCUGGUACGUCAAUGGAUCCACGCUGGAGGCCGACAGGAAGGAGAAGGACAGGAGGAGGAUGAAGAAGAGAGGACGGGAACAGGAUAAUGAGGAGAACAGCCUGUGGAUUCAGCCAAGAGUGACUGUGGAUGACAUAACAGAGUUCUGGUACGCAAACAGACGCAUGAAGGAGGAGGGGACGGAGGACACAUAGUUACAAACUUUGAAAGGCACCAAAGGAAACUAUUUGGACAGUUAUACCUUCAUGCUUACGCCUAAAACACAAGUUUGAGUUACUAAAAAAGUCUGAAUAAGAACUCUGAAUGUUGUGUAUGUGAUCCUACAUGCACCUUUCAUUGACAGAGGGAUUUGUGUUCAGCUGUGCACAAAAAAUAAAAUAAAAUAAAUCAAUAAAUUAAAAAGACAUACUCUAAGUUGGUUGAACUAUUGUAUGUAGACAAAACUGACAUUAAAUUAUGAAUGAAACAGAACGAGCCUAUGCUGCCAUCACAUGCUAUUGGAAUAUGAGGUUCCCAAGCAGAAACUGGACAUAAAUACAUUAAUUUUUCCAAAAACAUUUGCAUUGUUUUCUCUUGCCGUUAAACUUGUGUAUGUUUACAUACAUAAAUAACCAUUUGAUGCUAUUAGCAUUUUUUUUUUUUUUAACCAAAAUUUUGAAAUUGUCGAAAAGAUGGUGAAUUUAUACAAUAGUGUGGGUAAUGCCAAUUAAUGGGAUGCUAUAUUUUAUUCAAAGUCCAUUAGAUAUUAACUAAAUGUCUCCUAUACAUUUUGGCUUCAGUAAGAUUUCCUCAUAAAAACGGGCAAGAAUGAACCUACCGUCUUAUAUGAUUUCUAUUCUUUUCAACAACAAAGCACUCAAACACAACAAACUUGUGAUAACUUCAGAAUUGGGAAGUAGGAAAUUUGCGAUAGCUCAUGAAGGCAGCUUUACAGUCUCAAGUUUGGUGGUGAGGGUCCAGCUAACAGAAAGCUGAGCAUGCUCAGUUUGAUCACUGAUGUUUUUGGUCAAAGCAUGGGGACUUAUGAUGACAAAUAUUUGUUUUUCAGAAUGAGAUGUUUUAGUUCUGUGAAAUAUUUUUGAUUUUAUUUUGUUGUGUUUUGUUUCAAGUCACCAUUAAAGUGUUCUCUGUGAAGUUCCCUCCAUUUCAUGCGAGUAUACACACGCACAACUUGUUUUGGUGUGUAGAUAUAACAAACUUUUCAGUUUGCUCAACAAACAUAUACACAAUCUAAGAAUGUUCUACAUCACUAUUUCGUAACACUUAAAAUACAAGUUUAUAAAGAGUAUGCAGAACUUAUUAUAUAAUGUUUACUAAAAGCACAGGCCAAUUCAUUUAGUGUAAUACAUCGUGUCCCCAUAUGUCUAUUAAAAAAAGUCCUGAAGCCGGUUGCCUCAAGUUUUCAAGUUUUUUCAAAAACAUUUUUUUACAGUGAAAUUAAAUGUAUAUGUCGAUCAGUAAAAUAACACUUCUCGGAUAUCAGACAUAUGUGGGCAUGAAGAUUGACGUGACUGCAGAAAGAUAAACAGUACUUCUUACUUGGAAAAGUGAAGGGCGGCCCACAUCAACCACAUAAAUUUCUGAUACACUGUAGAAAUAUUCAGAACUUUCUAGGUUGUUUUUGAAAAAAUUCCAAUCCCUGAAAAAAUAAACAAAUAAACAUUUGCAUUGCUUUCUCUUGCUGUUACACUCAUGUAUAUUUACAUACAUAAAUAAAAAAAUAGCACAUUU